UUAAAACAGUGGUCCACACCUUAUGUGGACUCAACCAUUAAGAGGAAAGGGCAUAAAAGUCCCUAGUGAAAUGCAGUGACGAAAAAGGCUAAAAAAUUUAGAUGCUACAGGUGGUAGCAUAAAAGAGGAAUGAAUACAACCACAGUGACAUUAUAACUGAACUAAAACAAAUAUGAAUUCAAGUGGCAUUAAACCACUAUGAACAUUCAUUAACAGAAACUGCAACCUUAGAGAUAAGAAAUGGCCCGCCUAGAGACAGUGAUAAAGAUGUGAAGAACCAGAAGACACCAGACCCUACUAUUACUACUGGUCUGAACUGUUGCAUGACAGGUGGGAAAUUAAGAUUUUAAGGGUAUAAUUGCCCAGGGAUUUUUUUGUUCAAGGUCCCUCUCGGAAGCAUCCAGCUUAAGCUGUAGUGCUACUAAUAAAAAGGACUGCAUAGAAGAAGCUCCUUUUGGCUUAUUGAUUCAGCAGAAACCUAGAGUUGAACCCUGUUAUGGUGGUUAGCACAUGUACUUUCCAUAACAGAGUAAGGGCAGUCAAAUAUUGCCAGCACUUUGUUACAAGUAAUCUGCACGUGCUUGUUGGCUCAUUUCUGAAACUGGCAAACGUAUAGACUUUAAAUCUGGGUAAAAACGACGGCGUUUAAUCUUAUCCUAAUGAUGAAUUCAAUUGCAUUUUUCUUUUAUGUUCAGAAAGCAGCCGUGUCCCUCCCAGGGGCGGAACAGCCGUCCUACCGGGCGGAAUGGGCACCCGCCAGGGCUCCCACCGCAGCUCAGGGCCGAGACUGCACGAAAUGACCGUCGGAGCCGCCAGUUCUCGCGGCUGCCCCACCCCGCGUGGGCACUGCCUGCUCCCCUGCGGAGAGAACCAGCGACGCGGCGAUGUGCCAAUCCUGGAGGAAGUAGCCCGCCUGCCCCUCCUCCCCCCAGGCCCGCCCCGGCUGCGGCUUCUCACGGCGGCGUCACCUACCUCCAACGACCGCUCCCUGCCCGCAGCCAUACGGUGCUGACACACGCACACAUCCCAGACUACAACUCUCAGAAUGCUCCGAGCAGUCGAACCGCACCCCACCCCUACCCCCCCGCACGCUGUCGUGUGAAAGGUUGACCCUACCGUCACUUCCGCACGCGGUGCAGGCCAGGAGUGCGAGUAGCGAUUGGCCGGCGCCUGUCCCGCUUUUCAGCGUGCUGGGGAGCAGGAAGCGGUAACAGCAGAGAGAGCGCGGCAGGGUGAGGGGCUCCUCACGGUGAGUUACUCAGCGAAACUGCCUCCAGGGUGCAACCCGGCCGGGAAUUGAAAAGGAAUGUAUUUAAUGCGCGCUUUGAUGACGUAAUAACGACUAAUGAGGUGGCAGUGUUGCUGAACGUACGGUUCGGGCCAGCAGCGGUCGGGUCCCUUUCUCGGGGGUGCCCUCGUGGGAUACUCGCACUUGAAGGCGGUCGCCGUCGCCUGUGCCCGUGUCCGUGCCCGGCAGGCACUCAGCACUGGCUAGGCCUUCCGUCUUCUGCCGCUCCUGGGACUCGGCGGGCACUCAUUUGCUUCUCCGCCUGGGGCGGGCUCUGCCGCCGCCUUACGAUUGGCGGGGUUCGCGCUGAUUACCGCCAGCGCCCGCCAGUGGGGCUAUGGCUGACCGCGGGGCUGUGAGUGGCUUUGACGGGGUUGGGCCUCGGCCUCGCUUUCGAGAGCUCCGCGGAAACUCGAGCCGAUUAAUCCUUUUGCCAUGGAAGCCGAAGAAAUGAUGGAAUGUAUCCAGGAAUUCCCCGAACACUAUAAAGUUAUUUUGGAUAGACUAAAUGAACAACGUGAGCAGGACCAGUUUACAGAUAUCACUCUGAUUGUCGAUGGUCACCAUUUCAAAGCUCAUAAGGCUGUUCUUGCUGCCUGUAGCCAGUUCUUCUACAAAUUCUUCCAAGAUUUCACUCAGGAGCCCUUGGUGGAAAUUGAAGGUGUAAGUAACAUGGCAUUUCGCCACCUAAUUGAGUUCACCUAUACAGCAAAACUAAUGGUCCAAGGUGAGGAAGAAGCAAAUGAUGUUUGGAAAGCAGCUGAGUAUCUACAGAUGUUAGAAGCGAUCAAAGCACUUGAAAUCAGGAACAGAGAAAAUUCAUCACCAUUAGAAUCAAAUCAAAGGCAAGAUAAAAAUAAAGCAAAAAAGAGGAAGAUAGCUGAAACCUCUAAUGUUAUCACAGAAACACUGCCAUCUGCAGAAUCAGAGCCUGUUGAAAUUGAGGUUGAGAUUGCUGAAGGGAUGAUUGAAGUAGAAGAUAACAGCAUUGAAACACUUGAAGUAGCUUCUGAAGAGCAAUCUAUAAAGUACAUACAUACAAUGGGUACAUCAGAUGAAUCUGCUUUGGCUCUUUUGGCUGAUAUCACCAGUAAGUAUCGUCAAGGAGAGACAAAAUGCCAGAUCCAAGAAGAAGGUGGCAGUGCAACUGAUCCCUUGUGCAAACAGGUAGAAGAUAUUGAAAUUGUGGAACUUCAGCUGUCCCACGUGAAGAAUUUAUUCCACUGUGAAAAAUGUAACCGUUCAUUUAAAUUGUUUUACCAUUUUAAGGAACACAUGAAAACACACUCUGCUGAGAGUUACAAGUGUGACAUAUGCAAUAAAAGGUACCUACGAGAGAGUGCUUUGAAACAACACCUCACCUGUUACCACCUUGAUGAAGGUGGUGCUAGCAAGAAGCAAAGACCUGGCAAAAAAAUACAUAUAUGCCAGUACUGUGAUAAGCAGUUUGAUCACUUUGGUCAUUUUAAAGAGCACCUCCGAAAGCACACAGGUGAAAAACCAUUUGAAUGUCCAAAUUGCCAUGAGCGUUUUGCUAGGAAUAGUACACUCAAAUGUCACCUGACGGCCUGUCAGACUGGAGCUGGAGCUAAAAAGGGAAGAAAGAAGCUGUACGAAUGUCAGGUUUGUAACAGCGUGUUUAACAGCUGGGAUCAGUUUAAAAAUCAUUUGGUAAUACACACUGGUGACAAACCCAACCACUGUACCUUCUGUGAUUUGUGGUUUAUGCAAGGCAGUGAGCUGAGAAGGCAUCUCAAAGACAUGCACAAUAUUUCAGAACGAAUAGUGACAGAAGAGGUUCUUCCAGUGGAAGCUAUGGAAGCUGAACCAGUAACAUCAAUGACUAUAAUAGAACAAGUAGAGCAAGUCCAUGUCCUACCAGUAAUUCAGGUACAAGUGGAUCCUGCACAGGUAACUGUGGAACAGAUGCACCGGGAUCUCAUACAGGAUAAUCAAGUGAAAGGCACACAGAUGGAGGAACUGCAAGAACAGGUGCAAAUUAGUUACUUGGAAGUUGAACACAUUCAGACUGAACAAAGUGCUGAAGUUCACAUGGAGCAGUUACACGUUGGGCAUGUAAAUCAAAUACAGAUGAAAGAAGUACAGGCAGAACUUAUAGAUGGAACAGACCUUGAACAAGUAGAAUAUGAAAGUGUUGAUCAAGGAGAAGCAGAAGAAAAUAAAACUAGUCAAGUAGAUGAUGCAGAUAUGGAAAAUCAUGAACAAGCUGAAGACUUAAAAACUCAACAAUUAGUGGAAACACAGAAUGAAAAGGUAGAUGACUAGGACAAAUAAUCACACUGUGCAGGUUUAGGAAUGAAAUACCCAAUUAUUUUUGCUAGCUUUUACAUUAAUUUUUGAACCAAUGGUGGGUGGUCACCUUUUCAAUAUGCUGUCCUUAGGAAGCUGGACAAGUGGACCAAAGUUAGCUUUCUUCAUGUACAACUACACUUCUUUCAUGUGAAAAAUAACUUUCCCAUUCAUGUAAUGCCAUGGAACAGAAACUACCAAAGACACGGACAGCUUUGUGAGGAUUUUAAUAAUGAAUAGCUUGUAUCACUUACAUCAUCCCUGGCUAUAUGUAAGAGUAACUUUACCUCUUUUCCUCUUGCUAUAGAAGCAAACUCUUGUUAUAGAUUUGCGGAGUGUCUGUGGCAGAAGAAUCAGUAAAAUCUGGUGGGUUCUAAUGUAAGUGGCCAAUUGGGUACCUGUGAAUUUUCUGGGCAGACUGUUUGCUGUUUGCUAACAGCAGUCCCUAACUUUCAGGCUGGGGAAAACACAUUGUUGCUGGAGGACUUGGAGCACAAAAAUCCUGUGCCUUUUUGUUGUGGUUUAACCCUAGCCAGCCACCCAGCCCCUCACAGCCACUCACUCCCCCACUAGCAGGAUCAGGGAGAGAAUUGGAAGGGUAAAAGCCAGAAAACUCAUGGGUUGAGAUAAAGACAGUUUAAUAGGGAAAGCAAAAGCCACUCACACAAGCAAAGCAAAACAAGGAAUUCAUUCAGCCCUUCCCAUGGGAAUCAGGUGUUCAGCCAUCUCCAGGAGAGCAGGGGCCCAUCACACAUAAUGGUGGCUUGGGAAGACAAACACCAUCACUCCAAACAUCCCCCCCUUCCUCCUUCUUCCCCCCACUUUAUAUACUGAGCAUGAUGUCAUAUGGUCUGGAAUAUCCCUUGGCUCAGUUGGGGUCACCUGUCCCAACUGUGUCCCCUCCCAACCUCCCACACACCUCCAGUCCCCUCCCCAGCAGGGCCAUAGGAGGAGCAGAAAAGGCCUUGGCUCUGUGUAAGCCCUGCUGAGCAAUAACAAAAACAUCUCUGUAUUAUCAACCCUGUGUUCAGCACAAAUCCAAACACAGUCCCACACCAGCCGCUGGGAAGGAAAUUAACUCUACCUCAGCCAAAACCAGCACAACAGUGGUUAAAUUUCAACAAAGCUAGGGAGUGUUCAAGAUCCUAGUUCAAUAAAAGGCGAUGUAGGUAAUGUUUAGUGCUUUAUAUCAGCUACUGAUU